UUCCAACCGCGAUUAUGGCCAGAGAUACUUUCUCAAUUAUUCGAAUGUGUUUCUUCGUUGUUUGAAGUGAAAGAAAAAAUAAGAAAAAUUAUUUAAUUUUGAUUUUGUUUUUGUUUCGCGAGACGUACAACUUUAAAAAGUAUCUACAUACGAUAGCUCCUUAUAGUGAGCCCGGCAAGUUCUGUUAUCUUGUUUAUUGGUCUUUUGCAUGACCCCCAUUGCAUUAUAGCCUCUUCUUUGGCUUUUAUCGUCGUCGUCGUUGUCGGCUUUGACGUCGCGUUUGGUCGUCGUUACCUUCUGUCUUCGUGGGUUUUAUAAUAAUUUAUUUCAUUUUGUCAUAACGUUGGAAGGUUUGCGUGAUUAAAAUAUUCAAUUCGAUUUAAAAACUACAUAUACGAUUGGAGUAGAUACUAUUAACUUCCACAGACGCAGAGAAAUCAUAAAAUAUCAAUUCAAACCCCCUGAAUCCCCAACCCAAUCUAACCCAUAGUAAUCUCGUCUCUAACGAAAAACGAGAACAAACAAAAAGAUUGAAUAACGAAGAGCGACUUAAGCACACUUCUUCGCUUUUGGCAUCGCAUUCAAGUGACCUUUUCGAAAAUAGCUCAAAGUGGCUCGGCCCCAUCAUAACAUUUACCGCCGCUGCCGCGCCGAUACCACCACCGCUACGCCAUCAAUACCGCCCGCAUUCUUGUUUGUUUGCCCUUCCUGUCGUGCCCGACCCCUCUCCGCAAGCGUGACGUCUUCGGCUUCAUCUCAAUCUGUGAAUUUUUGUAUUUAUUCAAACUCAAGGUGCAUGAUUGUACCUCGGUGAUUUGUUUGAUAUAAAGUUUUUGACGAAUAUUGAAAUUUUUGUUUAUGAAUUGUUUUUGCUUAUUGUGAAUUGACAAAAUCUUAAGAAUUCACAAUUCUAUAAUUUUUUAUUUUUUUUAAAUUCUGUGUUUUUGCAUAAAUCAAAUGCAAGACAAUUAUUUAAUAAUAAUUUGUCACUGCGUUAUUAUGAAGUGAUAUCGAAAACUUCGCUCAAAAACUUCUUUUUUUUUUGGAUUAUAAGUAUUCAAAAAUACGACGGCGUGCAAUUUGGAACAUUAUGGGAUUACCGGCGAUGAUUGUCUCGAGGAGUAUUAUACUCUGGAUUUUAUUGGGAUUUAUUAAAUGUCAAGAUCCUCAAAAUUAUUUCUUUACGCCAUCGAAUCAAGGUCAAAAUCGCUUUGUGCCAUCUUAUCAAAACACCCGAACUCCAGCCUUCCUCAGUGGUACACGAAACUCCCUCACAAGUGCCUCAUCAUCAUAUCCCGGUGACGAACUUUUAUUCCUCAGCAACGAUGAACAACAAUCAAUACCGCAACAAUCACAACUGACGACCGGAUUUUCACCGUUUGCACAACAUCUUCCGUUACAACAAACGACAAGAAAUCCAGACUAUUAUGACAUAUCACCACGUCCAUUUGGUUCACCGCAAAUCUCACAAGGUUUUAGUAGGCCAAAAUCACUUCGAUCGAGUGCUACUGGUACUUCAGGUUUUAUACCAUUAAAUGGGCAUCCAACACGCACAAAUGUACCACAUCAGCAGACACAUUUUUUGUCACAUUUUAAUGAACAACAACAGAAUAACCCGAUUAGUGCUCCAGCAGCUGCCACAUCGAGUUUCCAAUCGAAUCGCAUCAACGGCGGAGGUCGACCAUUUGGCAGUGGGAGCAACAGUGGUAGCAGUGGAUUCACUAGAACUCGUCCAUUCGGCGGUACUCAAUUCAAUCGCCAAUUACAACAGCAAAAUAAGCAGACGACAAGUUUUGAUGAUGAAUUGGUCACUCCACCGCACCAGCAAUUACCAUUCCGAAAUACACGCACUCGUUUCCAGCCAAGUUCAGCUAAGACAGCGGCUACAACGACAACGUCGUCUAGCACGACAUCGAAACCAUCACGAUAUAAUCGGUUUGGAGGUGCAAGGUCACCAUCGUCGUCGCUGUCGUCUUCGUCUGGGUCUGGGUCGUCAUCAGAAUUCCGUCAAACUGUUGGAUCAUCGUUGCAGACAUCGCCGUCGAGAGGUCGACUUCCUGCGACUUCAGUCAAUAAGACACUUUUCCAGCCGCGUCGGCCAGUGAUCAUAAGUCGUGAAAGCAAUCGACCCGUUGGGGCUGGUGGUGGUGGGCGUAUUUCAGUCAAUCACAAUGGCAGUGACAAAGGUUCACCCAACAAUACGAACAGCAUCGAAGAUGAUGACCUUGAUGAGUCUGGAGAAGAUGAUUCAGUGCCAGAGGAGAUUCGUGAGCAGAAUCAUGUAAGUUCGGGGCCAAAGGAGGAGAUCUUUGAAAAGUUGAGUCUGCACGAAGCUGGAGCUUCGGUGCCAUCUUCAUCGAUAGAAAAACAUUCAUCAGACGAAAAGCAUCAACACGAUCAGCCUGUUAUUCUCACCUCAAAUUUCUAUCUCCCUGGCUCCGAUGAUGAAGAGGAGGGAGUUGCAGAAGAGGAUGCAGCCAGUCAUAAUCACAGCGGCGAGGAAGAAGUAGAGAAUAUCAAAGAGGGUUCAGCUAGUAGGGAACAUCAAAUUGAGGAAACCACUCAUCCUGAAUAUGACUAUGAAUAUGAAGAUGAUAAAACAACUUCCACAGAAUCUGCGGAGACCGAACACACAGAACCCGCAACCGAGAUGGACCAAAAUACUCAGGCCAAGGAGGAAGAAAAGCCAGAGCCGCCAAAGACAGAAGUGCCCACUGAAACUGCAGCAACAAUUGAAGAAGUCACAACUAUGUCCACUCCAGAGUCGACCGUAUUUUAUGAUGAAGAAGAAUACGAGGAAGGCUUUGGAUCGGGAAUAGAUGGGUCUGGAGUGGACGGAUCUGGAGCCGACGCUUCUAUAGCAGAUGGGUCUGGAGCCGAUGGAUCUGGCGAACACAAAUCAAUAGAACAUGAUGAAGAAAUCCCAGAAAAGCUCCCAAUUAACGAUGUUGUAGGUCGUGAGGUAGUUUCGGUAGUCACCACCAAGAGCGUCAUUAAUGGUUCGACAGCUUUACCACAUCCAGUCACUCCCAGCACCACAACCAUUCGGGAAGAACAAAUAUACACUGAAAAUAAGCUUACUCCAGCCAAGGAGACAACUGAAGAUCUCGAAGAAAGUGUUGUGGAAGAAGCCGAGUCUGCCGAGGAACAAAAUGUACAGAACACCACUGAGAGUUACGUUGUCAUUGCAUCGAUUCAAACAAGUCGCAGUAUUAAUGGAGCACGGUUCUUACCGUUCCCGGCUAUAGAACAGGAAGAAACUAAGCAAACCCUUUCGGAGCUAGAACGGAAGAUACAUGGUAAGAACUCACGAAAGAAGACGCAAUUCUCUGCAAAUGACAGCAAUGAAACGGGAUCGAGUGGUGAAAUGGAUGAAAGCUCUUCAACCAAUACAACAAUUUCAAGCACUUCAGAGAAUCCAGUGGAAGAAGAAGAAAAUGUCUCCAUAGAAACAACAACUCAGGCAACAACUACAACAACUACUUCUAGGUUCGCUCCGAACAUACGCAAAUUCAUGCCAAAGAGUUCGUCAAAACCCAAGAUAAGCAUUGAAGAAUUGCCAAUGGAUGAUUUGACAGGUCUUCUUCCACCAGGCUUCAAGCCACGGCCUUCGUUCAAGAACAAGAAACCUAACAAACCAAGUACGACGACGACUACACCAGAGACGUCACAUUCUUCGUCUGAAGAGCAUCUUUAUCGUAAACCUUUUAGAAACUCAACAACAGGAAGGUCCUUUAAGAACUCCCCGAAUGCAGCACAGGACGUGUCCUUGGCUGGACAUCUUCCAAAGGGUUAUAGAACUACCCACGCUCCAACUUCUGUAACAGAACCACCUACAAAGAAGAUUGAAGAUCUGCUAAGCAAAAUCAAAUUCGAGGACAAUCUAGAAAAGUUGGUCCCUAAUGACUACAAAGUGAAGGCCACUACGCCAAAGGCUCCUGUGACAUUUGUCGAUGAUAUUUCAAAGUUCCUGCCACCAGGAUUUAAGCUGCCAGCAACAACAACAACGAAGCCAGUUAUCAAGAUUGCCGAUGCAAAAUUACUGCCACCAGGCUUCAAACCUACAGCUCCGGAAGAAAAGCCCGAACUUAAGGUUCCUGUUGCCGAUGAUUUAAGCAAAUUCCUACCACCAGGCUUUAAGUUGGAGAAUGCCCCAGAAGCAAUUGAUAUUUCUAAGCUUCUACCAAAGGAUUUCAAGCCAGCUGCAUCAAAGGAACCAGUUGCAGUAAAGAAGGUUGAAGCUAAGGAUGCCUCUGAGCCAAAGGAGACCACCACAGAGAAGACUGUUCCAAAAGUCAGUCCAGUCCCCACGACAACAGCAGCACCAGCAGGUGGCCUUAAAGUUGUCUUCCCGAAAGGUUUCAAUAAUAGACGUCCAGGACAAAGACUAACCACGCCUCACUCGAACUCCGCUGAGGGUGCUGGUGGUGGUGGUGGACCAACUUCACCCUCAAUCAUCAUCAAGAAGGGUCCACCUAUUCGAGUAACCACCGAGUUUACAGGUUGGCCAACUCCAUCUACAACCCCAAUUUCCAUCGAGAAACUUCUGGAGCAGGCUCGAACAGCAACAAUCGAUAUCUCCGAACUACUUCCUCAGACUUCGACAAGCUCCACAACAACCACAAGUUCCACUACAACAACGACACCAGAGCCACCUAGGCCUACUAAGCCCGGUCAUUGUAAGUCUGAUUGUGAUCUUGCUGGAACUAUUAAGAUUAUCGAUGGAGUUUCGUGGAAGCCAGAACUGCUCGAUCACAAUACUGCAGAAUGGAAGAAUCUAGCGAGGGAGGUUGAAGCUCAGCUUAAUGAAGUGUAUACCAACGCCCCACACCUGAGUCAGUGGUAUAAAAAAGUUAGGAUUGACAGCUUCAGCAAGGGUAGUGUUUUAGUGGACUAUUUUGUUGAGCUGGCGAACAUCACACAAGAUGUCAAUACUUUGGAAAUUAAAAAGCUUUUCCAUGAAGCUCUAACACAACCACCAUUGCCAGUGGUGCCAUUGAAGCCAGAAGUCGUGGACGAACAAGAUGAUGACAGCCAAAAGGCUUCACAAGAGAGUAAGGGCGAAAAACUAGUCAAGGAAACUUAUUUGAUGGGUAGGUUUGUAGUUGAUCCGUCAUCAACAGAUUUCAUUGUUAUACCAAAAUCAUUUGCACCAAACGUCGAGUAUGCUGAAGAUGAAGCCCUAAUACCACAUUGGGCUAUUGUUCUGAUUGUCAUUGGAAUCGGUUCACUGUGUUUUGUUGUGAUAUUUGGAGUCACUGUGUUGAUUAACCGGCAGAAAAAUUCCAAAAAGACUCCGAUGCCCUUAACAGCGGACAUGAUGAACGAUUUAAAGGUCAACCAUAUGGGAGGAACUGAUAACUAUGGAGUAGAUGACUUCUAUAAUAUUGAUGAUGCUUGGAACGACACCAAGCAGCCAAUAAAACCAAAGCGCUUCACAAAUUCAGUGCACGGAAGUAGUGCGUCGAAUAUCUAUGAUAGUUGGCGCUCAACCAGGCACGGGGACUACUAUUACGAUCCACACAAUUACACCCCCCAUUCAAAGGCUGAACAAUAUCCUCCAGACGCAUUCGCAGACGUACACCAAAUGUACACGUACAAUAAUCCUAGAUCAAGAUAUCAAAGGGAUUAUGAUCCUGAUUUCUAGUUCUUUUUUCUUAUUUUAAUUUAAAUAUUCAAAAAACCAAUCUGUUGUUUUUAAGGAUCUAGUUUUAUUAUUAUUUUAUUAUUUUUUAAUUAAAUUUUUAUUUAAACAAAAACAAAAUAUGAUGUGUUCAUUUGACAAAAAAUAAUAUAAAUUUAAGUAUUUUUUGAAUGUUUCAAACAAAAACAAAAUAUGAACACAUGUAAAAUACUCGUUAACAAUAAUCUUUAGGUAGUAAAUAACUUAAAUUAAAAUGUAUGUAUUUUUUGGUUAAUAAUAAUUCGUAUAGUUAAUAAAAUAAAAAACACAUAAUUAUCAAACGAGAGUGUGGUAAAUUUAAAUAUCUACCUACUCAUUUACUAGUGCCUUGAAUAAUACUCCUAUGUUAGCAACAAUGAAGAUUUGUAUCAAUCCUCAAAACAUAUGCAAGGUUUGUCUUUUUCUAAUAAAAUUUUUAACAAUUGCAUAUAAACAUAAUAUACAAAUUUAAUGUAAAAAUUUAUAUAAAUAUAAUAUAUUAAUAAUAAAUACACAAUAAUAAAUACCUUAUUAUAAAAUGGUUCAAGUAACUCAUAUACAUAAAUAAAUAAAUUAUAUAUUAUAAUUAUUUUUUAUUUAUAAAUAUACAAAAUGUUUUGUGUUAAACUGUUUUGUAUUAUUUUAU